UUUCGAGCUGCCGUCCUUCAGGUCUGCCAUAUUGUCUACUGAAAGCUGCCGCUGAAGCUGCCGUCGCUGCCGCCGCCGCCGCCAAGUGAGCGAGCGGAGCCGCGAUGGAGACCAUGGCGAGCCCAGGGAAAGACAAUUAUCGAAUGAAGAGCUAUAAGAACAAUGCUCUAAACCCUGAAGAAAUGAGACGAAGAAGAGAGGAAGAGGGCAUUCAGCUCCGGAAGCAGAAGCGUGAGCAACAACUUUUUAAACGGAGAAAUGUGGAGCUGAUUAAUGAAGAAGCUGCCAUGUUCGAUAGUCUUCUCAUGGACUCUUAUGUGAGCUCUACCACUGGGGAGAGUGUGAUCACAAGAGAGAUGGUGGAGAUGCUCUUUUCUGAUGAUUCUGACCUGCAGUUAGCAACCACACAGAAAUUCCGGAAACUGCUCUCCAAAGGUACAAAGCCUGGCCCUUCUCAGAGAGGCCCUUUUCAGUUUGAAGCUGCCUGGGCUCUAACGAAUAUUGCCUCUGGAACCUCUCAGCAGACCAAAAUUGUCAUUGAAGCAGGGGCUGUCCCCAUUUUUAUAGAGCUGCUUAAUUCAGACUUUGAGGAUGUUCAGGAACAGGCAGUCUGGGCACUGGGAAACAUAGCUGGAGAUAGCUCUGUUUGCCGAGAUUACGUCUUGAACUGUUCCAUCCUUAAUCCUUUGUUAACACUCCUUACCAAGUCCACACGACUGACAAUGACACGGAAUGCGGUCUGGGCCCUGUCAAAUCUCUGCCGAGGGAAGAACCCACCCCCAGAGUUUGCAAAGGUCUCUCCUUGUUUGCCUGUACUGUCUCGCCUACUCUUCAGCAGCGACUCAGACUUGCUGGCAGAUGCUUGCUGGGCCCUUUCUUAUCUGUCUGAUGGACCCAAUGAGAAGAUCCAGGCAGUCAUAGACUCCGGAGUCUGCCGGAGAUUGGUAGAGCUGCUGAUGCACAAUGAUUACAAAGUGGCUUCUCCUGCCCUGAGAGCCGUGGGUAACAUCGUCACUGGGGAUGACAUCCAGACCCAGGUCAUUCUUAACUGUUCAGCCCUACCUUGCCUUCUCCACUUGUUGAGCAGUCCCAAGGAGUCAAUCCGAAAGGAAGCUUGCUGGACUAUUUCAAAUAUUACUGCUGGCAACAGGGCUCAAAUACAGGCUGUUAUAGAUGCAAAUAUCUUCCCUGUGUUGAUCGAAAUCCUUCAGAAAGCAGAGUUUCGUACAAGGAAAGAGGCAGCCUGGGCCAUCACCAAUGCCACAUCAGGAGGAACCCCUGAGCAGAUCAGGUACCUGGUCUCACUGGGCUGCAUCAAACCCCUAUGUGACUUGCUGACUGUAAUGGAUUCGAAGAUUGUGCAAGUGGCCCUCAAUGGACUGGAGAACAUCCUGCGACUUGGAGAGCAAGAGGGCAAACGCAGUGGCUCAGGGGUCAAUCCCUAUUGUGGCCUCAUAGAGGAAGCCUAUGGCUUGGAUAAAAUUGAGUUUCUCCAGAGCCAUGAGAACCAAGAAAUCUACCAGAAGGCCUUCGACCUCAUUGAGCACUACUUUGGUGUAGAAGACGAUGAUAGCAGCCUGGCUCCCCAAGUGGAUGAAACGCAACAGCAGUUCAUCUUCCAGCAGCCUGAGGCCCCCAUGGAGGGCUUCCAGCUAUAAUAUCUGCCUCCGGGGAGGGGAGGGGAUGGGAAGCACCACCAGCCAGCGGAAGAGCAGCCCCUGGUGGGCGGGAAAGCAGUGUCCCCACCAUCAGCCACCACACACCUCUGCUGCCCUGGAGACUGUGCUCUUGACCUGCUCCACCCCCUUCCCUGGAGGGAGCACCCUCUGGACAGACAGAACCAUCUGAGGCUCACCUUUGGGUUUUGUGACAAGAAGGGGACGUGUUGGGUUUUUCUUCCUUACACUAUAUUUUGGCUGCACACAUGUCUUUAACCCAGGAGCCCAGGGGUAGACAAAGGAGGACUAAGGUAAUCAAUUUGCACCUUUUUUUAUUUUUAUCUUUUUUCUUUUUUUCUUCAGUGGUGACUUCCUUCCCUUUAUCUUUUUUCAUUCUUCCCAGUCCUCUGCCCUGAUCUGUGUAACUCUUAUCUUGGGUACUUGAGCAGACGGUAUAUUCCAGAGGUGGGAGGUGGGAGGGGAAGGGAGAAACCCAAAACAAAGUGUUCUUGCUCUGACAGAAUAUUAAUCUUGUACGCUUGGAUUGAGUUAUUUAAUUUUUUCUUUUGCACAUUUUUCUUGUAUUAAGAUUGCUCUUCCCAAGAGCCACGAGUUCCUGGUUUUAAUAAACCCAGCUGCCUGCAUUGCCUGGGACUAGACUAGGCUGAUGGGGAGGCUACCAUGAAACAAAGGUCCCUCCUUCCCUCUGACUCUUUGCCCAGACCUCUUUAGUUUGGGAGAUCCUCCUCACUCUCCUGGAGUGUCUCAAGUACACCAGUGGGAGUGCAGGGGAGGAGCACAGGCCUUCACAUGGGGCUUCCCACGUAUAGCUACUGAUCCCAUAUUUCCUACUCACCUUCCAAAUGGUGCGACCCAACUUCAUUUGUUUACUUGAAAAUUCCCACUCGGGGUUUAGAGAACCUCUGAGGUGGCUGUAUUUUCUCCUAAGCUUGAGAUAGGGGGCUGUGGUCCUUCCUCUCUCCUGAGGAGAAAGUCCCUGCUCUGGUGACCUGUAAGCUGCAGAGGAGGUUGGAGUGAGAGUGUCAUGUAUUGGGAUAGUCAGGGAUCCCUGCCUUUGGCCUUUUCUUCUUCUUCCUCUUCCAUAGUUGGAUCAUGUAUAUUUUACUUCUAAAGGAGAGAAUGUCAAAAAGUUCUGUAUUUUUUUAUAUUCUAUAUAUUAGGUAGGUCAAUCUUAAUUGGUCUCAAGAGGAAGAACUGUCUGUCAUUUCUGUAAGUAGGAUACUGUGAGGAAGACCAAAAAGAGAUGUGGAUGCUUCCUCGCUCAGGAGGCCUGAGCUUGGUCCUUUUCCUCUCUGCUUGGAUUCUGGACCACCACCUGGGACCAACCUUCAACUCUGGAACCUUCAUAAAGCAGGUCAGCGUGGCCUGAUUGUCCCAGGACCUGAAGGGAGCAAGGAUGGCCUCAGGGCCUAGUGAAGUCUGCUACUCUGUCUUUACUGCUGAACAUCCUGCUUGUACCAGGAAACUCAGAAGCAGUUUGCCUUGUCAAAUUCAAUCUCAGUGGCCAUUGUCCACAUAACCAAUCACCCAUGGCUGCCUCUCCUAUUAUCUAUUAUCACUGAAACUUAGUAGCCUGCUUUUUUUUUUUUUUCUUAAGAGCUAUUGCUUAUCUUCCCUGUUUGGGAUCCUUGUUCCUGGUUUAGGUUUUCCCUUCCUUGUGACGAUUAUAAUCCAGAUGCCUUUUCUUUCUGUUUGAAUUACAGUAGUGCAUUGCCUCAGUGGCUUGCCUGUGCCUCUGGGUGGAUUACAUGUGAUAGUGAAGCCCACCUGUUUGGAUGGGAGUAGAGGAAGUUGGUGUAGACCAGCUGUGGAGCUGAAGGCACAGUCCGCCCCACCCCAACCUCCCCACUAUGGUUAGUCAAGAGGCAUCCAGCUCCAAGCUCUGCUUUUCCUUCCUCUGAAACAAUACCAUUCUUGCUUCUAUUGCUACACAUCUCCUGGCUCAGGUGAAAUCCACGCCCUUCUGCUUAUAGACCUAAAGUUCAGGUACUUAUUGCUGGUACUUAGUGCUGCAGUCCCACUUCAAAGCCAUUUUCUGAGGAGGAUAGUUUAGGGCUGGCAAUUGUCCCUGAAAAAAUCACACCCAUGUUGUACCACCUUGGUGAGUCAGAUGCCACUCAUCAGCUUGGGAAUGAUGGCUGCCAAUUCCCAAUCUCCCAGGAAGGCGGGGGGCAGAAUCGUUUUUUCACUUGGCCUGCUACCUCCAUUACAAAACCAUUCUCUUACAGUUGAAAAAAAAAAAAAAAAAGCCCUCCCCCACCCAACCUCCUCCCAUUGUUCUCAUCCAAAGGGCAAUUUAGUAGGAUCUACUUUGUACAUCUCAAAUAACAGUUAAGUCCCUGAUAUUGGGACCAGAUUCUUAGUGUAAGACAUACACAUCCUGCUUGCCCAGCUGUUCCUCCAAAAUCUGCUUUGGCUUCAGCUCCGGGUCCUGUACCAGAUGGAAAAUUUUUUUGGUUAUCUGGUUGCUGCUUAAAGCCAGUUUUCCCUAAGAGCUCCAAAGGCUAAAGUCUACUGGGGGCAGAGUGUGAGGCUAGAUUUCUCAUCAGAGAAAAGUGGCCUCUAGGAGUUUUCAUUUAUGUCUUCUCCAGAGCAGGUUUUGCUGUUAUCUUCCUUUAAUCAACGCUUUCAACCAACAGGUGAAGUUCUUCCAGCCCACAGAGUCAGUAAUACCAUCUUUUCUAUCUCCCCCUUUCCUUUGGCCAUGUAAUGAAGCAAAAUAUUAUUUAUUUAGCCCAGGCUUGAGAGCCACUGUUUGUGGGCAGUCUCCAUCUAGAUUCCAGACCCUGGCCUAAGCGAGCUAAGGCUCUCUGGUUAUUGCCAGGAUGGAGCCCCCCUACCCCAGUCUGCUGUAGGGAAUACCCUAAUUAGUUGAGGCAUGCUUUUGGAAUCCUGGCAUGUUGGCAUAUGGCUGGUCUAUCCUUUUUAAGAUCUCUGGUUAGGGGUAUCUAGAUAUGGAUUAGGAGGGACAAGGAGCCCUUUUCUUGACUAAUAUGUUCAAAUACUUUUUUGAACAGUGCCAGCCGCUCCAGGCAUCCCACUCCCAAAUUAUCAUCUUUAGUACUAACAGGGUCUCUGGUCUUAGAAGCCUGCCUUCAGAUGCCAGCUGACCCCAGUGACUGCCUGGCCUUGAUGUUGGCUGCAACCUUCUGAUAGAACCACAUGGAUUCCACCCACUGCUGGCCAGUCUUGUUACAUGGGUCAGGGAACACAAAUGGCACCCCCAGGGAGCAGGUGUUGACCUCAGUUUUCAGACACCCUUGGUAUUCCUCCUUACCUAGAGCCCAUUAAUUCUACCCCAUC